GUACGCCCCCCGCAAAUGUGAACUCAAGCCGCCCCUGUCCAACCCCUCACCGCGCUAAUAAAACUGACGUAUGUCAAACCUGUCACUCCCCCUCCGUCUCCGUCGUCACAUUCGCGUCACCCCAGCUUGCAAACGCGGCAAAACUCCAACGUAAAAACAACCCCAAGCAUCAAGAAACCCGAGUCGCCCCUUCCGACUUUCAAACUCGCGUCGUCUGUCAAAACCGCCAUCCCCCCUCCAGUCAAACAAGUCCCGUCGCCACGGCAACCGCGCUCCCUCGCCGUCCCGCCGCCGCCGCCCCCGUCGCGCGUUUUCCCCGAAGCACGUUUUUCCCUCGCCGUUCGAAUUCCCCUCCCGCGAAACCGCCGCCGCACGUCAUCCACCGCCAGGCGCGCAAACUCGCCACUCCUCAGUCCUCGUCCGCGACGCACGGCGGCGCCACCGUCGAGUGUGAAAGUAACAUGGCGACACCGUCAGCUGCUCUCUUGGACCGUCUCGAAAAACAGGGCAUUCCCAAGUCGAAGAGAAAACUCCAGAAGCACCUACGCAGCGCCGGACUGGCCUACAUAUCCCGCACGGGAAAACUGAUACCCGCAAAGAAAGUGGCAGAUGAACUGUGCCAGUGCCCCCAAAAAUGUGAUGAACGAGUGCCUAUCGAUGCGCGCGAGCGCCUGUUCGCCUUCUUCUACGGGCUGGGCGAAGCCGACCUGCAGAACCAAUUCCUGCGCCAGAACAUGGACCUGCGCGCGCGCCUCAACAUCCCCGAGACGACGGGCACGGGCCGACCGCCGCGCCGGAUAACGUGCAAGUACCUGGUGCCCCUCCUGCCCGGUAGCGAGACGGUGGAGGUGUGCCAGAAGGCGUUCGUCAGCGCGUUCGUCAUCACGACGAAGCGCGUCCGGCUGCAGCGCGAGAAGCUCAUCUCGAGCCUCGGGCUCAACAGCUACAGCAGCCACAGCCGGGGCGGCGCGGCCAAGCCGUCGCAGGGCGACGGGCAGAAGGGGGCGGCGGCGGCGACGCCGCUGGCGCUCAAGGUGCCGUCGUCGUGCGAGUUCGUCGAGCGCCCCAACACCGAACCAAAGACACCCGAGAUGCCUCCCGCCGACAAGCCGGCCGUCAAGCGGCUGGUGGACAACCCGCUGAUCCCGCUCGGGCUGCUGCUGCCCGACGGGGUCACGAUCGCGCCGGUGACGGCGACGCCCGACCACGAUAGAGACAUUGCGAUAGUUAACAACUUCUUCUCUAACCAGCUGUGGAAGCCGGAGUAUAUAGGUACUUACUCAUGAGGGCGACGUCCGAGCUCCGCGCCCGACGUACUUAGUUUAAUUAUUGUCUACAAGAUGAUCAAUUUUUACCUAUUUGAGAAAUACCUAUACGUAUUGUUAUUUAUAUUUAUACUGCAUAGUUUAUGGAGAAAAACAUAUAUUGAUUGUUUUCAAUAAAAAUUGUUUUUUAA